CUGUGACCGGUGAUUGUCAGCAUGCCUCACCAACCGCCGGCCACCAGGAAAAGGAUCGCAGCGGAGGCCGGAGCGGGUUACUGGAGACACCAGGGGAGCGACAGCAGCUCUGACAACUACAACUACCAGCCAGGCAUCCAACCGCUGCACAUGGCUUAAUGCAUUAAAAAGACUUAACUUGGAUAACACCAUGGUGGCAAAUCUCAUGUGCAUAGCCCAUCAUGCCAGUAAUUUCAAUAAGGACCAUAGAGCAAAUGAUCGGGCCCAUGGUGUCUUCCAGGUUGGUGCUGGCUUGUGGUGCCAAUGCCCUAAAUACCCAGGCCAGAAUCACUGCCAUAUCCCAUGUUCUGCCUUACAUGACCAAAACCUAAAUGAUGAUAUCCAAUGUGCUGUCACUGUUAUAAAAACCCAAGGAUACACUGCCUGGGGUGUCUGGAAACAACACUGUGCCAAUAAAAACCUUCAAGAAUAUCUAACGUGUCCAACGACUUGUUAACUUGAUACGAAGUGAUGAAAACACCGGAUGACUGAUGAAAUCUCUGGUGUCUCCUCUCUGAAUCACCAAUCACAUGUAAUUGUUCAUCUUCUGAAAUUGUCACAAAAAUUUAACAGAAAAAUACCUUAAUCUACAAAUCAAUAAA